AUGACACUGCAUGUCAUAGAAAUGUUCUGCAUGGGGUAUAAUGAAACACCAGUGUCUUCUUCUAAGUUGCAAGGGGCUUCCCCCGUGCCCCUCCCGGCUGCUUCCUCUAUAAAGGACUCAGACGUCCGGGCCCAGGAAGCCCAGCGCACAGCAGGUAGGGGCCCCCCGGGCCGAAUGAUCCCGCCCUGCGGCCCUCUCCACCCGAGCCUCCUGCCCCCUCGGCCUCUCCUCUCCAGUGCCAAGUGCCACCCCGAGCCCGCCCUGCCCAUGACCCCACUGCGCUGCAGGACCAGACAGCCGGCCUCCCUGGCUGGAGCCCUCUGUCUCCUGGGAGGGCUCAGCCUCCUCCUGCUCGGGGUCCAGGGGCACCUCGGCGGUCCUGGGGUUCCCCGGUCUCCCCACCUGACCGCUCACCUGGACCUCCGGCGACGCCUCCUGAGGGACGCUCCCAAACCGGCCGCUCACCUGAUUGGAGACCCAAGCCGGCCAGGCUCCUUGCUCUGGAGGGACAAUUCGGACCAUGCGUUCCUCCACCACGGCUUCCGGCUCCAAAACAACACCCUGCUGGUGCCUUCCAGUGGGGUGUAUUUCGUCUACACCCAGACGGUGUUCUCGGGCCCCGGGUGUACAGAGGAUGGGCAGGGGACUCUGGCCCCCAACUACCUCUCCCACGAGGUCCUGCUGUUCUCCACCCAGUACCCCAUCCACGUCCCCCUCCUCAGCGCCCAGAAGUCCGUGUGCCCCGGGCCUAAGGGCCCUUGGAUCAAAUCCAUCUACCAGGGAGCCGUAUUUUCCCUGAUGGCUGGGGACCAGCUCUCCACCCGCACUGAGGGGGUCUCCAACCUGCUCCUGGUCCCCGGCAGUGUAUUCUUUGGCGCCUUUGCCGUGUGA